UUUCUCGUUCUCAUCCAUUUCUCUCUCUCUCUCUCACUCUCAUUCUGUUUCGCUAACCGAUUGAGACAGACAAAAACGCUACCGCAGAGAAGAUUAGGAACCUCGGGUUGAAGAAUCCGGGCCGUUUGAUCUAGGGUUUUUGGAUCUUCUUUCUUGUUCUUCCCUUCUUCGUUCUUUUUCUGUAGUGUGAUUGGGAGAUCCAGUGGCUUCUCUCCUGUCUUGGCUCGAGAUCCGGGCCAAGCACAGAAGAAUCGGAUUCGUGUUCUGGAUUCAAUAUUCUCUCACUUCGCCCAGAUUGAAAAUUUGUGUGUAGGAUUUUAGUGUAAAUGGCAUCGAACGAGGGAUUUCUGACGAAUGAACAGAGGGAAGUGUUGAAGAUAGCCAGCCAAAAUGUGGAGAGUUUGUCAUCGUCCCCAAAAUCCCCGACUUUGCUUUCUGAACAUAAUAUAAAAGCUCCUGCUGGUGGCAAGGCAUCAACGGCUGGGAUUGCCGUGAGGCAUGUGCGUCGGUCGCACUCGGGGAAGCUUGUCCGGGUGAAAAAGGACGGUGCUGGUGGUAAGGGCACAUGGGGAAAACUCCUUGACACUGAUGGUGAAUCCCAUCUUGAUCGUAAUGACCCAAAUUACGACAGUGGCGAGGAACCAUAUCAGCUUGUUGGAUCAACUGUCUUAGACCCCUUAGAUGAAUACAAGAAAGCUGUUGUCUCCAUUAUAGAGGAAUACUUCAGCACUGGAGAUGUGGAAUUGGCAGCUUCUGAGCUCAGAGAACUAGGCUCAACUGGAUAUCAUCCUUACUUUAUCAAGCGGCUUGUUUCCAUUGCCAUGGACAGGCAUGAUAAGGAGAAGGAAAUGGCUUCUGUUCUGCUUUCAGCCUUGUAUGCUGAUGUCAUUAGUCCUAGCCAGAUACAAGAUGGAUUUUUUUUGCUUCUUGAAUCUGUUGAUGACCUUGCAGUGGACAUACUGGAUGCAGUUGACAUCCUCGCCUUGUUCCUAGCGCGUGCUGUGGUUGAUGACAUUGUCCCUCCAGCUUUCCUGAACCGGGCAAAGAAGGGACUGUCUGAAUCUUCCAAGGGAGUUCAGGUUAUCCAAAUUGCUGAUAAGAGCUAUCUCUCAGCUCCACACCAUGCAGAACUUGUGGAGAAGCGGUGGGGUGGUAGCACUCACAUCACUGUUGAGGAAGUGAAGAAAAAGAUUACCGAUUUGUUGAGGGAGUAUGUGGAGAAUGGAGACACUAUCGAGGCCUGUAGGUGCAUAAGGGAGUUAGGGGUUUCGUUCUUCCAUCACGAGGUUGUGAAGAGGUCUUUGGUACUUGCUAUGGAGAUUCGAACCGCUGAACCUCUAAUGUUGAAGCUAUUAAAGGAAGCUGCCGAGGAAGGUCUGAUAAGUUCUAGUCAAAUGGUAAAGGGUUUUUCUCGAUUGGCAGAGAGCCUUGAUGACCUUGCUCUUGAUAUUCCAUCAGCAAAAGCUCUGUUCCGCUCACUUAUCCCCAAGGCAAUCUCCGAAGGAUGGCUUGAUGCUUCAUUUGUGAAGACUUCAGUUGAAGACGGGGAGGUCCCAGAUGAUGCGAAGUUGAGGCGGUAUAAGGAAGAGGCUGUGACUAUAAUUCAUGAAUAUUUUCUCUCGGAUGACAUUCCUGAACUCAUCCAAAGCCUUGUAGAUCUUGGGACGCCCGAGUACAACUCAAUUUUUUUAAAGAAGCUGAUCACCCUUGCUAUGGAUAGGAAGAACAGAGAAAAAGAAAUGGCAUCCGUUCUGCUAGCCUCUCUUCAUAGCGAGAUCUUCUCAAGUGAAGAUAUAGCUAAUGGUUUCGUCAUGCUUCUGGAAUCUGCGGAAGAUACAGCACUGGACAUUCUAGAUGCUUCAAACGAGCUCGCUCUUUUUCUAGCUAGGGCUGUGAUUGACGAUGUCUUGGUUCCGCAUAAUUUAGAAGAGAUUAGCAGCAAGUUGCCACUGGAUUCCAGUGGGAGUGAGACUGUUCGUAUGGCCCGAGCACUUCUUUCUGCCCGUCAUGCUGGUGAGAGGAUCUUGAGGUGUUGGGGAGGUGGGAGCGGCUGGGCCGUGGAGGAUGCAAAGGACAAGAUCUUAAAGCUUCUAGAGGAGUAUGAAAGUGGGGGUGUUGUUGCUGAAGCCUGCCAAUGUAUUCGUGAUCUGGGCAUGCCUUUCUUUAACCACGAGGUGGUGAAGAAGGCAUUGGUUAUGGCUAUGGAGAAGAAGAAUGAUAGAAUGCUGGACUUGCUGCAGGAAUGUUUUACUGAAGGGCUGAUCACUAUUAACCAGAUGACAAAAGGCUUCGCCCGGAUCAAGGACGGGCUUGAAGAUCUGGCUCUUGACAUUCCAAAUGCAGAAGAGAAAUUCAGCUUCUAUGUAGAGCAUGCCCAGAAGAAGGGAUGGCUCCUACCAUCCUUCGGUUCAUCAGGCAUGGAUGCUUUCGUAACUCAGACUGCAGCUUCUUGAGAAGAACAUUAUAUUUUCAUCUGUUUUUCUCAUCUUGUGUUGUUAGCCGUUGCCUGGAUUCAAUGCCUUUUUAAAGGGGUAUGAUAAUGGGAUGUUCGGGUUCCUUCUGAUGUUUUCUCUUUUUGUAGUGUCAGCUUAUGGAGAUUCUUAAUUAUCCCAACUGAUGUAUAAAGGUUGGUUUUCCAAUUCCAUUGACAGCUUUUUAGGCUU